GGCAACGAGGGAGAACGGCGCAUGCGCGAGUCGCCUCCGGAAAUGACGUGUGGAAGGGGCGCCCGGGACGGAGCAAUGGCCCAGGAGGCAGCUGGAUCGAUGUCGGAGGAAACGCUGUCACUGUGGAAACGGGAGCAAGCUCGGCUGAAGGCUCGCGUCGUAGACCGGGACACCGAGGCGUGGCAGCGGGACCCCGCCUUCUCGGGUCUGCGGAGGGUCGGGGGCGUUGACGUGUCCUUCGUGAAAGGGGACAGUGUCCGUGCUUGUGCCUCUCUGGUGGUGCUCAGCUACCCUGAGCUCGAGGUGGUGUAUGAGGAGAGCCGCAUGGUCAGCCUCACAGCCCCCUACGUGUCAGGCUUCCUGGCCUUCCGAGAGGUGCCCUUCCUGCUGGAGCUUGUGCGGCAGCUGCAAGAGAAGGAGCCGGACCUCAUGCCCCAGGUCCUUCUCGUGGAUGGAAAUGGGGUGCUCCACCACCGAGGCUUUGGGAUGGCCUGCCACCUUGGGGUCCUUACAGACCUGCCUUGCAUUGGGGUGGCCAAGAAACUUCUGCAGGUGGACGGGCUGGAGAACAACGCCCUGCACAAGGAGAAGAUCCGACUCAUGCGGGCUGGAGGGGACUCGUUCCCUCUGCUGGGAGGCUCUGGGACUGUCCUGGGAAUGGCCCUGAAGAGCCACAACCGCAGCACCAGGCCCCUGUACGUCUCUGUGGGCCACAAGAUAAGCCUGGAGGCAGCCGUGCGCCUGAUCUGCUGCUGCUGCAAGUCCCGCAUCCCAGAGCCGGUGCGCAAGGCUGACUUCUGCUCCCGAGAGCACAUCCGCAAGGCCCUGGGACACCCUGGACCCCCCGCACCAAGGAGCCUGAAGGCGCAGAGGCCAAAGGCAUGCCCCAGAGGAGACUCUGGAGAGUCCGCAGGUAGGGCGUCCAGUCCCCACAGACAGGCUGACCGUACCGCCUCAUGGGGACGCUGCAGCGCAGCCCAGCGCCAGCUGAGGCAGAGGUGACCACGGCCCCCGUUCGCCCCAUCAUCGGCUGUUCAGCGGUGGUCGUGGUGCCUCAGAGGACAGAUCUCUGCGGGGCCAAGUGUCGGAUCCUGGGAGUGCGUGGUCCAGCUCUCCUGGAGCCCACGGAGGGAUUCGGAGCACCAGGGCCACGUGGGCCACAGCUGCGCCUGCACGACGCCUACAGCCUCUGCGCCGCCCGCCCCUUGCAGUACAUAGAACUUGGUUUUCUUUUCCUUCUCGGGGUUCGUUUUUAAUUUUAUUUGUUUAUUUUUAUUGAUCUCGUUACCAUAAAAUGUAUUUGCAAAAUCAGGAUUCAUUUGCAAAGCA